AUGGCCUCGACGCUGCAUGACGCCGCGACGCAACUCGCCGCCAAUCCCGCGGCUCAGGCUCUCAUCCAAGAGCUUUUCGAGCAUGCAUCCCACGCUCAUAUUGCGCCAAACCUGGCGCAAACGGCUGAAUACACUCGCGAUGCAGUAGAGGUUGGUAUCGCAGCCCUGAAUAUUUUCCUCCAGAUCAACGUCACCGGCCCUGUGCCCUCGCGACAACCAAUGGCAGAUAUCGAAUCUCAGUUUCUCAUGGCUUGGGAGUCAACCUCACAAGCCACUACUUCUUUUCCUUCCGCAGUUACUCCGAUGACGAGAAUGAGAAGAGACUGUGUUAGGCUGCUGGAAAUCGACGGAGUCUCCCCAUACUCGCACAUUCCCUCGCUAGAGCUGUUUUGCCUCGCCAGACACAUCUUUACCAAGACUCUUUCGACACCUGCCGAUGAUGUCGUGCAGCUGCCAGGACCUGAUGCUCAAAAACACAGCAUCUCUUGGACAAGGCUACGUGUCCAUGUAUGGCACUACAAGCUCAUUGCUCAGCCCAGCCUUGGCGGCUCUACUUUCACCAAGAGCUCCAAUUGGAUCGAGCUUCCUUCACUCGCAACUCAAAUCACGGAUUCCAUGGACGCUGUCCGCAGUCGUAUCUUGAGUGACGAUGUCUGGGCAGAUGGAGGGAACUGGAGCAUUCAUGACAAGGUGCAGUUUCUCCUCGAGGCGGCCAACAACAACAUCUUGCUUGGCCGGUCAGACAAGGCAAAGGAACUCGUCGAGGAGGCGACCAGGAUGAACAACUUCUUGUACGCGUUGUCAGGCGCUCUUGGUAAGAGAACAAAGUUCCAGGAAAAGAGCAUCAGCCAGUUGGUCGUGCUCGCCCUCAGCCAGGAAACAGAAACUGUCACACCCGCGGGGGACGACGAGGAGGACGACACCAAGCCACAAGCGCUACAGCUAAAUGACGACACGCUUCUCGAAGAGAUUCAAUUUACGAAAGAACAAAAUGGUGGCGAAGCAAAGUCUACAGAAUUGCCUGAAAAACUGGCAAAUCUUAUGCCCGAUGAGCAGCCGCAACUCAGUCCUCUCGACCAGAUUACCCUUCUCACUGAGGCGACCAUUAAGGACACUUUCUCGCCUGCAGACACUCUCACCGCCGAAGAGAUUCUACCAUUCGCAACUCGCGUGAUUGCUGACAAGUCUACGAAUUGGCAAACCUAUACACAGGCUCUUCUUGUGCGCUCGCGCAUCGAAGUGCACCGAAGCCGCACCCUGGAGCGAGGUGUCCUCCAAAUGCAGGCUGUAGCGGACCAGGUUCUCACUGACACCACCUUUUCCACCGAAGAAACAGCGGAAACUACCAAGGAAGAAGAGAAAGGCCCCGUGACUGAUGUCCCUUCCAUACAAGUUUCUGCACCAGGGCGCCAUACUGGCGAUGAAGCUGCGCCUGCUACAGGCGCGCCGACAUCGUUCUUCCCAGCGGCCAAAGCAUCGGAAUCUGCACCGGCCGAUGUACGCCUGCGAUACAUUCAUGCUCUUUCGACUCCGCCACGCUGGCAUCUGGAGGCCGAGCUGGCCUAUGCUUGGGCCGGUGCCGGUUCCAUUGUCUCGGCGUUAGAGAUCUUCAAGCGCCUGCGACUUUGGCCUGAAGUUGCUGUUUGUCUCGCGAGUGCUGAUGCUUUCGACGACGAAGACGGUCGCGGAAGCGGUGGAGAGGCAAAAGCAAAGGGAAUCAUGCGCUGGCAGCUUUUUCACAAGACAGGUGCCGACGCCGCAUCCAACUCGGAUCCCGACGACGAGGUUGCCGUAGAGGAUGUCACGUCUCUCAAAGCUGACGAUUUUAUGGGCCCGGAACGUUCACCGGCGCCAUCCAACGCACCACGUCUGUGGUGUAUUCUCGGCGACUUGGAAAGCAAUGCCUCAUUCUACGAGCAUGCCUGGGAGGUGUCUGGCCACCGGUAUGCUCGCGCACAGCGCUCCCUCGCCGAACACUAUCUGCGGGAGAAAGAUCUCGAACGCGCUCACGAGGCGUAUAAGAAGGCGACAACUGUUAACCGACUGGAUCCCGACAUGUGGAGUCGUCUCGGUGACAUCAGUCUACGUCUCGGACGCUUCGAGGACGCCGCCGAGGCCUUCAACCGGGCUAUUGGCAGCGCCACCGGCGAUCUCGGCGGCGAGGACGCCAAAACCUGGAGCAACCUGGGUACCGCGCUCUGGAGUCUCUACAGCGAGGUGCUCAGCGCUCAGAAUAAGGACAAAAAGCAAGCUGUGACUUCGACAGAAGCGGCAGCAGAAGCCGCCCCAGUCAAGCCUGAAGAAGACGAAGACGAGACUGUUGCCGAGGCCACCAAGACUGCGCAGGACGCCGAGAUGUCCAGGGAUCCGGAGCAGCUGCUCGCGCAGGCACUCCACGCGUACAAGAUGGGUGCUACCGCUGCCCACGACAACUGGCGAAUCUGGGAGAACGUCGUGACGCUGGCCUGCCGCAUGCGGCCCCCCGCCAUUACCGACAUCAUUGCCGCCACGCGCCAGAUCCUGCGCAUCCGCCAGACCGAGGAGGCCGUCAACGCACCCGUCAUUGGCGCGCUGCUGCAGGAAGCGGUCCUGAGCAAGACAAAGGACGACGCCGGCACGGGCGUCUACGACCCGCCGCGGGGCACCCCCGAGCGUCUCGUCGCGCGCGUCAUCGAAGAGGACAUUGUGCCGCUCAUCACCCGCCGCGCGGAGCUCUGGUCCCUGGUCGGCAAGCUGCGCGGCUGGCGACGCGACUACGCCGGCGCCAUUGACGCCUCGGAGAAGGCCUGGCGUGCCACCGUCGGCGCCUCGGGCGGCGGCCUCCUGCCGGGCGACGGCAGCGCGGCGGCGGCGCCCGACUGGACCGAGGACGAGGCGGCGUGGCUGGACGUCGUCUCCCGCACCGACGAGCUCGUCUCCGUGCUCGAGAACUGGGGCGAGGGCGUCGAGGAGAUUGGCGCCCGGUGGAGGGGCAAGGCGCGGAGCGCCGUGCGCAGCGUCAUGGGCAGGGGCAAGACCAGCUGGGAGGGCACCGAGGGAUGGACUCUGCUCGAGGCCCUCAUGGAGGGACUCAAGGUGAAGAGUUGA